UUUAAGAUCAUAAUAAGCAAACAUUAACUGUUCUUCUAAGUUUUCUAAGCAAUGAAUGUCCCAACUCUUCUCUCUCUCUGCUUCCUGUUUCUCCUGACCAUCUCAAGCACAAGUCAUGCUCAACUUAGCAAGGACUACUACAAGAAUUCUUGCCCGAAUGUCGAGUCCAUUGUCCGAACCGCGGUGGAGAGGAAAGUUCAGCUGUCAAUUGCGACUGCUCCGGGCACUCUCAGGCUCUUCUUCCAUGACUGUUUUGUUCGGGGAUGUGAUGCUUCAGUGAUGCUGUUUUCUUGGAAUAGCACAGCAGAGAAGGAUAAUUCUGACGAUCUUUCUCUGGCGGGGGACGGGUUUGACACGGUUAUCAAAGCAAAGGAGGCUGUUGAGCGUGUUCCUGGUUGCAGACAGAAAGUCUCUUGCGCCGACAUUCUGGCUUUGGCCGCUAGGGAUGUCGUAAGAUUGAAAGGGGGACCAUCUUAUGAAGUAGAACUGGGAAGAAGAGAUGGGAGAAUCUCUACAAAAGCCAGUGUGCGUCACCAACUUCCUCAUCCCGAGUUCAGAGUAAAGAAACUCAAAUCAAUGUUUGCCUCACAUGGUCUCUCUCUAACUGAUCUGGUUGCACUAUCAGGAGCACACACAAUUGGGUUUGCACACUGCAGCUUUAUAGACAAGAGGGUCUACAGUUUCAAAAGCAAGACCAGAAUUGAUCCAACACUCAACCUGCAAUACGCAAAGGAGCUGAAACGACAAUGUCCCGAAAACGUUGACCCCAGAAUUGUCGUUGGCAUGGACCCAAGUUCACCCCAAAAGUUCGACAAUGAGUACUACAAGAAUCUUCAGCAAGGAAAGGGCCUAUUCACCUCUGAUCAAACCUUGUUCACUGACAAAAAGGCAAGGGUCAUUGUCAACCAAUUUGCCUCCAACAACACAGCUUUUCAAGAGGCUUUUGUGAAUGCCAUGACUAAGCUUGGAAGGAUAGGGGUCUUGACUGGAAACCGAGGCGAAAUUAGGCGUAAUUGCGCCUUUGUAAACUAGAUUCACACAUGAACUUUCACAAACUUGCAAUUCUAGUACUUUUGAAAUUUUCUGAUUAUUUUUUUUUUCCCCCUCCCCUCAGAAUCCAUGUAAAGAGUAUGCUAUGCUGAUUGUUUGCAAUAUAACACGGUGAAUGUCG